CUAAUGGGAAAAUUUAACAUGCCCAAUUUGUCUAAAGAAGGUGACAUUAUGAUUGGGGGGAUUUUUCCAAUUUUUAACAAAGAGGUCCCCAGCACUGCUACAUUUGAGAGCAAACCUAAUGACGUCAAGUGUGCACUGUUUGAUCUACGAGCUUUUCGAUGGACUCAAGUGAUGAUAUUUGCAAUUGAAGAAAUCAACAAAGAUACUAGACUCCUUCCUAACAUAUCCCUUGGCUACAGAAUCCUCAACUCAUGUUCAUCUCCUACUAAUACUUUACGAGCUGCAUUAACACUUGCCAACCCACCAAAAGAAAUAGAAAAAACUUUGGGUUGUCCUCCAUCUUUAUCUGCUGUAAUCGGAGAAGCAGGAUCAUCUCAGUCCUUGGCUGUUGCUGGAACUCUGGGACCAUUUCAAAUGCCAAUAGUAAGUUACUUCUCAACAUGUGCUUGUCUUAGUAAUAGAGCUAAGUAUCCUACUUUUUUCCGGACAAUCCCAAGUGACUACUUCCAGGCGAAAGCUUUGGCAUCACUCGUCAAACAUUUUGGCUGGGAAUGGAUUGGAACUGUUCACUCAGACAAUGAUUAUGGAAGAAAUGGCAUUUUGGCUUUUACAGAGGAGGUUAAACAGUUUGGUGUUUGCAUUGCCUUUGUCGGGACAGUUCUGCGUACAUACCCUUUGGAAAAAAUCGUAAAAGUUGUGGAGAUGAUUAAACAAUCAACAGUCAAAGUCAUUCUUGCUUUUACGCCUGAGGGGGAUUUUUCUCCUUUAAUGAAAGAGGUCUUAAAACAAAAUAUUACUGAAAUACAAUGGCUUGCUAGUGAGGCUUGGAUAACUGCACCUCAGCCAUCCACCUCUGAAAUGUACCAGGCUUUUGGUGGAGCUCUGGGAUUUGUGGUGCAGAAGAUGGCUAUUCCAAAUCUGAAUCCAUUUCUCACUAAUAUUAGCCCAUAUACAGAUCCAAGUGCAGCUUUUGUAAAGGAUUUCUGGGAAAUAAUUGUUGGCUGUAAACCAGUUUCACCAGGUUUUGACACAAAUACUGAAAAAACAAAGGCAACAUGUACAGGCAAUGAGACAUUAAUGAAUUCUCAGGAUGCAUUUUUUAAUGUCACAGAGCUCAGAGUGUCAUAUAAUGUGUAUAAAGCUGUUUAUGCUAUAGCACAUGCCCUUCACCAGCUGGUAUUCUGCAAACCAGUGGGAGAAAAAGCAAUGAGGCCUUGUGUGAAUAUAUCUGACAUUCAACCCAAAGAGGUCACUUAUCACCUGAAAAGUGUCUACUUCAUUAAUCAGUUUGGGGAUUAUGUGUCUUUUGAUGAGAAUGGUGACCCUCCUGCUUCCUAUGAUAUCAUUAACUGGCAGCUGAAAAAUGGGCAGGUGCAACAUGUGACACUGGGUCAUUUUGCAUCUGCUGAAAAUGGUGACUAUAAACUCAGCAUACAAGAGGACAUGAUAGUUUGGAGGAGUGGCAUAACUGCCCCUACAUCUGUGUGCUCUAAUGUUUGUCCAAAAGGAAAGAGAAAGGCUCAAAUCAAAGGAAAGCCCACAUGCUGCUUUGACUGUAUUCCUUGUGCAGAUGGAACUAUAGCCAACUCAACAGGUGCAGCAGACUGCACACCAUGUUCACUUGAAUACUGGUCCAAUGAGAGAAAAGAUGAAUGUAUUCGUAAGGAAACUGAGUUUUUGACAUACCAUGAGCCAAUGGGAAUAGUUCUCACUGCUUUAUCACUAUUUGGGGCCUCCCUGUCUCUAGCCACAUUGGCUAUUUUUAUCCACUGGAGAGAAACUCCUGUAAUCAAGGCCAGCAACUCUGAACUGAGCUGCUUCCUGUUGUUUUCUCUUUUCCUUUGCUUUCUCUGCCCUCUCACUUUUAUUGGCAGACCAACAGUCUGGACAUGCAUGCUGCGCCACACAGCAUUUGGUGUGACAUUUGCACUUUGCAUUUCCUGUGUCUUGGGAAAAACGAUUGUUGUUGUAACUGCUUUCAAAGCCACACAUCCAAGCAGCACAAUUGCAGGAAAGUUUGGUCCUGCACAGCAAAGAAUCAUUGUAUGCUCCUGUACUUUGAUUCAAAUAGUAAUAUGUAUAUUGUGGCUGAAGUUCAACCCUCCUUUCCCAGAUAAGGUUUUCAGAUAUGGCAACAAGAAGAUAGUUCUUGAAUGUAACACAGGCUCUGAGGCUGCCUUUUACGCAGUGCUGGGAUACAUCGGGCUCCUCGCUGUAAUAUGUUUGGUCCUCGCAUUUCUAGUAAGAAAGUUGCCAGAUAACUUCAAUGAAGCCAAAUUGAUCACAUUCAGCAUGUUGAUAUUCUGUGCUGUGUGGGUCACUUUUGUCCCAGCUUAUGUUAGCUCUCCUGGAAAGUUCACUGUUGCUGUGGAGAUAUUUGCAAUUUUGUCUUCAGCGUUUGGCCUAUUAAUUUGCAUAUUUGCUCCUAAAUGUUACAUAAUAUUGAUAAUGCCAGAGCAAAACACCAGGAGGCAUGUCAUGGGAAAAAUUUAG